AUGGCUUCAAAUUUAGAAGAAGAACUGUCCUGCCCCGUUUGUCGGGACAUCUUCAGAGACCCGGUCCUCCUGUCCUGCAGCCACAGCUUCUGCAGGGCCUGUCUGAACAGGUGGUGGACGCAGAAACAGGUCCGGAAGUGUCCGGUCUGCAACUGCGACUCCGACCGCAAGGAGCCCACGUGCAACCUGGUGCUGAAGAACACGUGCGAGGCUUUCCUCCUGGAGCGUGAAGAUGUCUGCCAGCUGCACUCAGAGAAACUGAAGCUGUUCUGCUUGGACCACCAGCAGCCGGUGUGUCUCAUCUGCAGGGACUCCCAGCAGCACAGCGGCCACGUCUUCCGCCCCGCAGCCGAGGUGGCGCAGGACCGCAGGGAGGCGCUGCGGAAGUCCAUCAUGCCCCUCCAGGAGAAACUCAAGCUUUUCACAAAAGUCAAGGAAGACUUGGACCUGACUGCCCAACACAUUCACUCCCAGGCCCGACUCACGGAGGCCAGGAUUCGGAAGGAGUUCAGGAUGCUGCAGCGGGUUUUGCGUGAUGAAGAGGAGGUCAGGGUGGCUGCGGUGAAGGAGGAAGAGGAGCAGAAGAGUCUGAAGGUGAACGAGAAGAUUAAGGUUCUGGACGGAGUAAUGUCUGCUCUGUACGACACCAUCAAAUCUGCAGAAAGGGCGCUGAGAUGUAAAGAUGCUGCGUUCCUGCAGAGCUCCAGCGCUGCAGGAGCGGAGCAGCAGCGCCCCCUGCCGGAGCUGCCCCCGCCGGCUGCAGGCGCACUAAUGGAUGUGGCCAAACACCUGGGCAACCUGCGCUUUAACGCCUGGAAGAAGGUCAAACACAUGGUGUCCCGUACGCCAGUGGUUUUGGACCCAAACACGGCCGGACCGGGACUGAUCAUCUGCGAGGAUCUCGCUGCAGUGAGGCGGGGAAGCAGACAGAAACUUCCCGGGAAUCCCGAGAGGUUUGAGUCGGAGGGGAUUGUUUCGGCCUCCAGGGGCCUCACUGCGGGGGUCCACUUCUGGACCGUGGAGGUGGCAGACUGCAGCAGCUGGUUCGUUGGCGUUGCAGAAGAAUCGUUCAAAAGGAAGAAACCGAUUCAGUUCAGGUCAGGAUUGUGGGCUGUUUGUUUUUCCAAAGAAAAAUAUUCCUAUUUCUCCUCAGGAGCGCCCGCCAGCUUCCACGUUACAGGAAAACUGCAGGCCAUCCGGAUCCAUCUGGACCUGGAUAGGGGAAAACUGUCCUUUACCGACCCCAAAACCCUCAAGCACAUCUGCACCUUCUCACACAGCUGGUCUGAGAAAAUGUUUCCCAUUUUUUACGUGGGAGGCGUCAAACCAAUGAAGAUAUUACCGUCAGAGGGCGGCGGGCCGGAGGACGAGGACAAGGAGUAGGACGCCAUCAUGGAUGAGAAAAGGCCGAUAUCACUUCUUCUACCAAGAAUCAUAUUGUUGUUACGUUGACUAAAUAAUACAUAUGGCUGAAAAUGUUUCCCUAAGAAGAGGACUGACAGCUUGAAGCAGCUUUGCUGCGUUGUUUGCAUUUAGUUAUUUGCCUUUUUUAUCAUUUCAAUUAAAAAAAAGAAAUAAAAAUAUUUAGAAACAUCUAAAAAUGUCUUUUCUGUGUUAGUUAUGACAUAUGGAGCAGUUAUGAGUUUGGCUUUGCAGCUUGAAGGUCUUGGGUUCAAAUCUUUCUGUAUGUGAUGAUGGAUCAUCAUUUUAUAACUGAAAUGGGGGAUUAAAACGUUGGCAGCAGACGUUUCCUACAGCAAAUCAACAACAAUCCAGAUUUAUCAAUUUAAAAAAAAAAGAUUUUUUCUCUUGAUUUCUAAUUUCUCAUAAAAUA